GAAUGUUGUUUAUUAUUCAUCCUUGAAGAAGUGAGUGGGUUGCAGUGAUGAGUCCCUCCCUAACUCUUUUAAACCAGCUGUUCUUUUAACGAAGACCGAAUUUUUUCGGGGAGAGAAUUUAUGACUGUAACGUGUAACUGCUAGCGGCCAAAACAAGAAACGGAGGGAGAAAGUUGAUAUCUCCACACCCGUCGUGAACCUCUGUGCAUUUUCUCCGUACACAUGCUGUUCGGCGAUUUCUGAUAAGUCUGUCCCACUGCCACUCACAAUAGGGGAGAUGCUACAUCAUAUUCCUCGUCUAUCUGGCAUCUUACAAGUGAGAGAAUAAUUACCGUACACUAAUAUCAAAGCAAGGAAGAACAACGAAACAUUCACUGUUUCUAUUUUUUUUAAAAAUAGGACUGGUGUAUUUCUAUUGGAGCGUGUAUAAUCUCCUGAUCCUUGGGGCGAAUAACAAAAUCACGCAUCUCGACAUUGUGUGUAUUUUAUUUUUAUUAAACGAGUGAACAGGAUUUGCAUUAAGUGGACAAUAUGGCACAAGUAGAGCUUCCCAGGCUGACAGAGGGGUAUCUCGGCCCACAGGCCAAGUUUUACUCCUACGGACUGACGACCUUGUCCCAUCCAGAACCCGUCAUCCACUCGGACACCAACCAGGUGGAAAUCGUGAUAGGAACCACCGAGAAAACCAGAUUCACCACCAAACUCUUGGGCGUGGAUCCAAAGGGGGAGUGUAACCAGUUUGUUCUCACACAGGUCCAAGGGAGCGAGUUUCACUUCACUAUAGCUGUUCCAAGGACGGGCUUCUUUAAGUUUCAGAUCUAUGCCUUGCCCAAUUCCGAGGCCGGACCAAACAUGAUAAACGUCUACAAUUAUUUGUUAAAUAUUCAGAAAGUGGACAGGUACGUGGAAGCAUUCCCCAAACAGUAUCCCCUGUGGAAGCAGGAGGGGUGUUUCCUGUACGAGCCCCUGAUGUUGAUGAAAGGGAUCAAGGAGCCAUCGGUCAAAUUCAGGAUGCUGGUACCCAAGGCGGUGGAUGUGCAACUCAAAGUGCAUGAGGACUGGAUUAAGAUGGAUCAAGUGGAGCCGGAUAUAUACGAGGCGUACGUGGAUUUCAGUGCCGGAUACCCCGCUGGUGCCAAAGUCAAGCUCAACGUUAAAUCGGGGCGGAGUCACAAGUUUGACACUUUACUGGAGUAUACUAUUUGAUUUAUUUAUUUGUGAAAAAGAAAACUUUUUGAAUUGUGAAACUUUGUGCUUUUGCGUAACGGUGCCAUGUUUGGAGAAUGUAUUUUCUGUGUUGUGUAUAUUAUUUAAAUUAAAAUUUGGUAAAAAUUACGACAUCUUUAAAUUAAAAUUUGGUAAAAAUUACGACAUCUAUAGAUUUUUUCCGUAUUGAAGUUUAUGGAUAACUAUAAAAUACUCUUGUGUCAAGAAACAUCGGUAAUGUGAAAUGUUGGCACCACGCGAAUCUGAUAUGUAUAGAGACAUUUCUUUUGAAAAGAAUUUCAUUCACUGAUCAUUCCGAACUUUAUAAGAGUUAAGAAGAAAAAGAAAGAAAUAAAAAAUGACAACAUGCUUUAAUGCAUGUAUGCUAAUGGUGAAUUGUUUUCCUCAUGCACUCUCUGGGCUAAAACAUGUAGCAGAUUUUUUUUUUCAGAGUACAGAUUUAUUAAACCAUUGUGAAAACAUUGAA